ACAGUGAAGUGAGGAUCGAAAUAAUAUGAACUUGAACAGCAGCUCUUUGCAACUACAGCAAACGAUCUUUCAGCAACGAAGUCAGCAACAACGCUUGUUUCAAACAUUUCCAGCAAACUUAAGUGAUUUCUCUUACGCAUCCUCCGAGGAGGAUGGUUCGCAACAUUACGUAAGCAGCCCCAGCUACACACACAUCAAUGUGGGUGGCUACAAAGAGAAUUGCGAAAUGUUGCUAGACUGGCCCUCAACUGUAAGCUACUCAAGCAAAAACCCAUUGCAACAUUCCUCUGACGCUGAAGUAUACUAUCCAGAUUACACCUAUAAUUCGGAAUUGCAACAAGAGCAACAUGAAUUUAAUGUCAGCUUUUCUUCCAGUAUGGAAAAUGGUGCUUCGAGCACAACACCGGGUUCAGGUUCACCGGUGACCACUAAAUUUGUUAAAACCAGCAAACGCUCCGGAGGUCAUCCCCGCAAAGAAGCUCUGGCGAAAAAAUCAGACACAGCUCUAAAACCACCUAGCCCGAGUGUGCUUAAGCGGCGACGUCAAGCAGCGAAUGCACGGGAACGUAAGCGCAUGAAUGGACUGAAUGAGGCCUUCGACCGGCUACGUGAGGUGGUUCCUGCUCCGACAAUAGAUCAAAAACUAUCCAAAUAUGAGACGCUGCAAAUGGCACAAACAUACAUAGCGUCCCUUUGUGAGAUGCUAGAGAACGGAAUUAAUACAGCCAACUAUAUAAUCCAGCGCGGUGAUAAAAUGUCGUUCCAAGAGAACAUCCGGUUGCAGUGAAAUCGAAGCGCAAUAACGGUAAAAGAAAGAGGAUGAUAUGCUGUGCAGUUCUAAACCAAAGCAAAGGUAACUUUGGCUGGAGUA